GUAAAUCCGGUUAUAAUAGUUCAUGGAGGUGCGGGAAAAAUUCCCCGGGAGAAACGUAAACACAUGCUUCUUGAGGUUUGUGAAACAUUAAGUACUGUAACAAGGGUGUUCAUAAAUCAUAUUUAAUUACAAAAAAGAACAUAUUAAUCAACUUCAAUAGGUUAAAAAUGCGGCCAUUGAAGCAUACAGUGAUCUUAUCAACGGUCGGUCAGCUGUAGAUGCAAUAGAAAAAGCUAUUUCUUAUAUGGAAAGCAAACCAUUUUUUAAUUGUGCAAAAGGAGGUUGUUUAGAUGUUAAUGAUGAAGUUGUCACGGAUGCUGCUAUUAUGACGCCACAUGGUGCUGGAUGUAUCGGUGCUGUUCGUGACAUAGAACAUCCUAUUUCUUUAGCAAGAAAGGUAUUAGAAAACACAGAACAUAUAUUAAUUGUUGAAAAUGGAGCACAAAAAUUUGCUUUGGCUAACGGAAUUUCAAUUUUACCGCCCGGUACUUUAAACAUGCGCGAGUCUCUGACCUCAUUUAUGGAGGCAUUCGAAUCAGUAACGUGUUGCAUAAAUGAAGAUCAUGAAAACGAAUGGGAAGAUGAUGCAAAGACGAAAAAGAAAUGUGUGAUUCAGAUUGUGUUAUAAAUCGAUCCAUAGAAGGAGAAUAUUCUUAUUGUGCAUUAUCUAGCGAUUCACCAGAUUGGGAUGAACCGAUAAUUUUACAGGUAUCUAAAAUAUUUCCACGCUA